AGGACAUACACAAGCCAACACUAUAAAUAUAUAGCAGAAAAUGCUCUAAAGUUUAUAUGAAAUAUAGCGUGUACUCUUUAUCGGAUUUAUUUUGAUUGUGAUUGAAUUUUACAUUUGCAAAAAUGUCGAACGUUUCUCACAUAACUGCUGCGCAUGUUAAAAAACUCGAUCACAGUUUAAGUGAAAUUCGCUUGAGAGCUUUGGAAAAUAUAAUUUCAAAAUUGGAACUUGGCUUCGAAUGUGACUGCAAUGCCAUUAAAAAGGAGUUGCUGGCCAAACUAUUCAAGUGGUUUUCGCUUGAGCCUAUUGUCAAAGAGGAAAAAGUAUUAAAUUUACUCAUCAAAUUAUCUCAGCACGAUGGAGGAAGUUACUUGAAUUCUUUUGGCAGAGUUAGGUUCAAACAAGAGUUGCGUGAUUUGAAAGCCAAAUUGGACUACAGGUGGCAAGAUAAACUAAACAAGUUGGAAGAACUUGCUGAUAAUUUAUCGUCAUAUUCAAAUAAUUUAGAUAAUGAACACUUUGUUUCCCCACAUGAAUCAUUACAACGUAAUUUUAAUCAGCAAUGUCAAGUUAAUCUGGAAUCAAGCAAUCUACCUCAUGUAUCACCUUUAGACAGCACUGCACCUAUUGAGCUGACUAUGAAUCCAGGAGAAACGACAGUUGUGGCUAGACGAUCUGAUAAUAGUAUCAGGUGGUUAGCUAUGCCUUGGCAAAUAUUGGCUUCAUCAGAUAGAGGAAUUUUAUCUAGAUUAGAAGAUUCCCUCAGAAACGCAGAUGAAAUACCUGUUAAAUUACAAAGUUGUCAGUUCAUCACUAAUAUUAUGUUACAAGAUUUUCCAGCAGAAGUUUUCCUUCAGAGACCUACUACUGUAAAAGUAUUAUUAGGUCUUUUAGAAUUUCAUAUUAGUGAUUCUACUGAGGAAUCACACAGUUUAAUUUUAGCAAUACUCAAAGUGUUAAUUAAAUUAACACAAUUAUUGAGGUUUAGAAUAUGCUAUUAUUGUGAUCCUGGUAUUGCUCAUAAAGCAAACAAGAUUUUAGUUAGAAAUUUAACAAGUGAAUAUUGUGCAAUAAAUCAUGAAAGAGACAGUCCAGAUGGCGAACCAAUAGAUGAACAUGACCCUUUUCAAUCAGCACGGCCAAGUGCAAGAAAUCCUAGUAUCAUGAGUGACUUAAAUGACUCAGCAUCACAAACUCACCAAAUGUAUAUUCCAAUAUAUUGUACAGAAACUUUGUUGACAGCCUUAAGAUUAUUGAGCAUUCCAAAUGACCCAACUAGACCACUGACAAUUGUGAAAUAUAUAGCCGAUCUGUCAUAUGAACUUAUUCAGUUACUUAUAACAAGUGUUAUGCCAACUGUUUGGUUUUGCAACGAUAACAUAGCUUUUCGAAUUCAUGAAAGCAUGAAAAAUGUGUUUGAAUCAUUCAGCGAAAUUUUAGAUUAUUUUGUUCAAUUUGAUAGUAUUGAUUACUACAGAGCAACUUAUAUAUACUUCUUGUGGAUAGCAAUAAAGUUUUUGAGUAAUGUUGUGCCUUUAGAGCUAGCUGAUCAAGUUAUACCAAAGAAAAUGAAAUUGUCCAUGUGUUCAGCUCUUAUGGAUGCUUCUAUAUAUUUGAUGUAUUCCUCAUUGCACAUAACAAUACAAGAAUAUGCUAGAAGAUUCCGGGGAGCAGAAGAAUGUGAAUUAGUAAAAUUAUUAGAUGAAACUCGAUUAGUUACAAAAUCAAUUAAAGCUUCUAUAUCACUAAUAAAAAAUACCAAGGAACAAACAUUUUCUGAAGAACUCAAAGCUAUCCAUGCUUCAAAAUUAAGUUUACUUUACCAUAAAAAUUUUAAGUUAAUUAAAAAAUUCAUAAUUCUCGCUCAAAAUAAAUCCUGUUAUAAACUAAGUGCCAAUGAUACUGAAAUGAUAACCAAAAUAACUCUUUCAUUUCUCGCUCAUAGUGACGAUGAUGUGCAAGAAGUAACAUAUACUGAAUGCCAUUCUCUUGUCACAUCCACGUUAGUAGGAGAUUACAGAAGUAACUGGAAAAAUAUAAUGUUUAUGAUGAACUCACACAUUUUAACAGAAAUCAUUUGUCAUGGCGCCGUAUCAGAAAAUCAAAAAGUAAAAAUUUUAGCUGAAGAAAUACUAUUAUUUUUAUUGAAUGGUAGAAUAGAAAUGACUGAGGCUGGAUGGCAGAAAUUCAUAGAAGAAUUAAUUCCAGUGCUACCUCUUUUACAAUGCCUUGCUCAUCCUUCAACUUCUCUUGGGAAAUCAAUUACUAAAAUGUUCGAUCCUGACAUAUCUUCAUCCAUUCAAUUGCCAUUUAUAGAAGUUUUGAAAGGCAACGUCAGAUUUUUGUUCUUUCCAAUAUCAGAGAUAAGAGACGAAGCAUUGUGUCGAAUUCUAUGGAUGCUAUCUCAAGAAAAGAAUUCAACGCAAAAAUUACCCCGUCUAACGUCAUUACAUGGUCUUCCUCUUAGUUCAUUGUGUGUUUUUGAUCAGCAAAAUACUGCUAGACGAUCGGAAGGAACUUAUCAGCGAAGUUCUCUUAGUUCGGUUCUUGAUAUGUUGCGAUCAGGAAACGUUGAACCAACCGUUAGAAAAUCAGCGUUGGUUCAAAUAAGUGUUAUGUUGUCUGACUCCUCGUUGCACAAACCGUUUAUAGCAGAAAAUGGAAUUUCAUUAGUAUCUGAUAUAUUUACAAAAGCACUGAUUGAAAAAGAUUACGCCAACUAUCCAGAUUCAGUAAUAUCGAUUAUUACGAUUUUGAAAAACCUUGCAUCUUCCGAAAAUUCAGUUAGAGUAGAGCUUUCAAAUUCUAUCGAAAUAUUUUAUAAUAUACUCAGAAGUUUAUUUCUUUAUCCUGAUAAUGAUAACAACAAAAUGGAUGCAGCACAACUUCUAGUUCUAUUACUUUACAGUGGAUACAUAAUGAGACUUACAGAUAUGUCUGCUAACAAUCCUUUUAAUAUAUCGUUACCUUACAUCAUAACUGUAAAUAUGAAACUUCCUUUUGCUUGUAAGGCACAUUGGAAAACCAGUAUCCAUCGAAGAGCAGACAUUUCUGUUUUGCACAGAAGCAAUCCCGCAGCUUCAGUAUUCAUCAGACAAUUUUGGGCUUGGGAAUGGAAUGGAGCAGAAAAAGUUUUAUGGAAGAAAUGGGAACACGUGAACGACCAAUCAAUAAAUGAAAAUUUAAUGAUUAAAGAAAACGAAUUUGCUUGUCUAACUUUUACUUCCAUUCAUUUUUGCGUACAACGUCAAAUUUACAAUAUUCAGAAUUCAAUCACUCACAGUGGAGUGACCUCGGCAGUUGAUUAUCUAACCAUGUACUUGAAAUUAUCCAAUUUGGUUGGCUUAGAUAAUUUCCAAGCCAUUUUAGAUUUACCGUGGGCAGACACUUUUGAACGAUUCUUGCAAGCUCACCCAACAAAUAAAGAAGACCACGAAUUAUUCGUAGAUGUUCUCAACUUCUUACAUUUAUACAUCAAAUUAGCGGCUGAUCAAUCAACUUGGCUUUGCAAGGCUGUCAAAAGAAUGAUUAAAUCAUUACCGGACUGGUUAAACGUACCGGAAGGCGGAGAAGAAGUGCAUCAUUCUAUACUGAAAUUGAUGCGAGCUUGUGCCACAACGGAUCAAGAUGAAUCUGAUGAAUCGAAAAACGUCUGGAUCAAUUUCGUCGAGUUUGCUGUGUCUAAUUUUUUCAGUGGAGAAUAUUAUAAUCUAGCUUUUCUCGAUUGGGUCUUGUCAACAUUGACUUAUGUGAUUAAAAACUGCCAUUGGAGAACUCACAAAGACUCUUUAACAUCAAUCGGUCUAGCCUUAAAUGAACUGAUAUUAUCAUUUCAUCGUAAUGGAAUUAUUAGUUUCAUGGGUCUGACGAUUACCAGAGACUGCAUCAUUUGCCUCAAUCAUAUCCUGCUCGAAAUGCAAACUCAUUUGAAUAAAAACUCUUGGAUGAAGUUUUGGUACGACGACAAUAGUCAAAGUUUGUGCUGGUUACCGGCUUUGUGGCGUAGCCGAGAUCCAUUGGUGCGUGCCUCUGCCUUGCAACUUCUGACAAGUCUUGUCGAUGGACCUCACACGGCUUUGCAAUUGCUCGCUGCCAUUGACAUAUCGCCGCACGAGCUUUGUCAGGCUUUGCUGUACUUCGUGACGGCUCGCGAGGAAUCGUCGAUCGUCAAAGAAGAAGCCUGCUUGACGAUGGCCAAUCUCAUUAGGAAUUCCAAAACAAUUGCGUUCCAAUACAUCGACUCGAUGAAUGCUAGUGCAAUGCUAAGUUAUGUCAAGGAAAACAACGUUUAUCACGAGAUAGCCGUUAUGUUGUCGAACUGUUACAUGCUCGCUACCUUGGAUCCUGAUAUUUGCGAGAUAUUCGAAUCCUCGGGGGCACAGAGCCAACUUUUGUCGGGCGAUCAAUCUAGUGGUACCGUUUCAUUGGUACCCAGAGCCGUUUACUAUUUGUAUGACUGUGACGAUGACUUACAGCGAUACUCAGCUAGAAGUUCAGACGAUGCAAUGAUCGACGAAAGUCAGGUGCAGUUCAUAACUACUCCAAAUUUAGUAACAUCUCUGUGCACUAUGCUUAAUAGCCUCAUAACUAUAGGAGAAACCGAAGUUAUCCGUGAAAUUUUCGAACAUUCGGUGCAUAAAUACAUAAUUGGCUGUUAUAGCGAUUUUCCAAGAUCAAUCAAUACCGAACGAGAUGUGGAAAACUACUGCAACAUUCUCGAAAUGUUCGCUUCGUUGACAAUCAUCCUUACCAACUGUUUGAUUCAUAGUCCGGAUUUUGCCUCAAUUAUAGUCUUUCCUCCAGAAUUCAUUCGCCAUCUACUAGGCUUCAUAAAUGUUGACCUAUACCAUACAAAUACGCAGCGAAUGAUUUCUCUACGAAAUCGAUUGGCUACAGAAAUUUUCAAAUUCUUUACAUCGUUGUCACUGACCGAAAGUCAACACUUUGACUCUGUUCAGACAGCUCUCAAGUCACUCGACGUGGAAUCUUUGGCACGCACGCUUGCCAAUAUAAUUAGAAAUUCUAAGAGCGACCUCGGCCUGACCGCCAUCAGUUUUCUAGCUUUCCUUCUUAGUCAAGAAAUGCAAAAGGACUGUGAGGAAGACGAAAAAGUUUUGAUAUUCAAAGAUGCACUCGAUACAAAACGUAUCGUCGAGUCUGAAGACAGCUGGGAUAACGAGCAUCAAGAAGCGACGACGAUGCAAAAGAGAAAUACGAGAAAUAUUAUUGGCGCUGCGUCGAUCGAGCAUCCAAUUGAAGCCACCGAAAAUCAAAAUGCCAUCACUAUAGGGGCAGAUCUUUGCAAAACUUUAAUCAAUCUGUUCAUCACGCAUAAUUACGCAAAGACUGGCGCGAAGAAGAACAAGCACAGCAACGACCGAGAAGUCAUAACUGUGGCUUUGACAAAUCUGUUGUGUAUAUCGUCGACGGCUAAAAAACUUGCGGUCAGCGAAAAAUUCCCCGCUACGAUUAUGAUGGUGCUGAAAGAGAUUUACCUCAAGCUCAACUCGUUACCAAUAACAACGUUUAAGAAUCAAACCGGUGAUAAGUUACAUCCACUGUUACAAGAGAUCGAGGCAAUCUACAUGCUAGCUAUGAAUUUCAUGUUCGACUGCGACGAGGCGAAGCAAGCUUUGGCUAAGGUCGGCUUUGCUGACAUCAUUCACAAACUAUGGUCGCACACCUCGACUAAUAAAAAAGUUUUGAUCGGCACAUUAACGAUGUUAUCGGCGUUUACCGCUAAUUGCACAGAAGCCGCUCAUUCAUUGACAUUGACGACUGUUACGCCUGGAGUCGGACUGAGAAAAACCCCAAAUUCUGUUUCACUAGUACACGUCAUCGUACAACUCAUUGUUAAGGAAAUAGAAACAAUCGGUCGCAACAAUCAUGGCCAAAAAUUGAGGUAUGCACUGACCGUGCUGAGAAAUGCCAUUCACAAUCACGAGUGCCGCGUCGUUUUAUCAAAAAGCAAUUUGUUGACGAUUUUUCCAAAAAUCCAUUCAGCGGUAACUAAGAGGACAAAAGUUUGGCAAAGCGUCGAAAUGAAUUUCUUAGAAUUUCUAAUAGACUUCACGUUUUACGACGAAGGACAAAUGGCGGUUUCCAAGGCUGUGGAUAGCUUGGAGGUGCUUAUAAAUUUAGCUCGACUAUCGACUGGUUCUAUUAGACUUUUAGCAAUGUCAAUCCUUCGCAACUUGUCGUUCAAUGCGAGUAAUCGUCCAAGGCUUUUGGGCUCAACCGAUUUUUUGGAUCUGUUGCUGACAUUAAUGAAUAAAGGCGAUCUGAUGGACAUUGAAAUCGCAGGAUCAUCCUUGUGGGCUCUGGUGAGCAACAAUCAACGUGGCAAAGUCAUAGCUCGCAGCGCCGGUUUUCCCGCCUGCUUAAACGCCGCCAUCAGUCGGCUCUCGUUACAACAGAACGAAAAUGGCGAAAAGGAGCGUGAGCUGAAAAAGAUGCUCGAGUACAUUCUGCAAGUCAUACGCCCCAGGUGAUAUUCAACUGAUGACGAUUUUACCGUGCAGCUGCGUGGUGAAAUGGGCGACUUUUAUUUGUACAUAAGCUGACUGAAUAUCUUUCCCAAUUUUUGUAAAUGUUGCGAAGCUGAAACAUUACAAUUGUUUUGUAAUAUAUCCUACAAAAAAAAAAGAAGAAGAAGAAAUUGAACAAGUGCCUGUACAACAAUAUGUUAAUAAAUUAUGUAAUAUUUUUAUAUAAGAAUAUUCUGAGGUGAAAAUGGAAUCUUGUAAAUGUGUGUUUUGAUGUUUUGUAUCGUCUGUCAACCCAUUACUAUAAGACUAUUAACUUGUGGUUAAAUAUUUUAUGAUUAAUAAACUUUUGUAUUUUCUCAC